CUGCCGGUACGUGUGCAUUAGUGGCGUCCCGCGAUACUGCACCGCGUUCUCGGUCGCGGGUGUGCGUGUGCUCUGUUUCGUGAGAGAGAGGAGGACGAGGUACGCGGUUCGCGGCUGGGAGACGUGUCAUCGGGCACCGGGCGGACGGACGGACGGGGAACGCGGAACGCGAAAUAAGUGGCGAGCCGGAACGGCAGUCAUGCGGCGGAAUGUCAAGAUCGCGUUGCUCCUGUCAUGCGCGUGGAUGUUCGCCUUUGUUUACUAUUACCACACGUCCAGGGACACCAAGAACGAGAACAGAGCCCUACGGUUGAAAGAGCCACCGUCCCUGGCGCUCUCCGCCAGCGGAAAUUCCGGUUACAUGGAUCCAGACGGCACGGCCAUUGUAAUGUCAUCCGAGCUUCUGCCAGCGCCGACGCCGGAUCCAAGAGUGACAUGGAAUUACUUUGACGAGCAGGGGUACGUUUCAAGAGGUGGUCUACGUGCGGGUGAGGACCCAUACGCGAGGAAUAAAUUCAAUCAGGAAGCCUCUGACGGUCUUCCGAGCAAUCGUGACAUACCCGAUACUCGUAGCGCCAUGUGUAGGAUGAAACAAUGGAGACAGGAUCUGCCACCGACUUCCGUUAUAAUUACUUUCCACAACGAGGCACGGUCUACGCUACUCAGAACUGUCGUCAGCGUGCUGAACAGAAGCCCCGAACAUCUAAUCAAGGAAAUAAUUUUAGUGGACGAUUUCAGCGAUCAUCCCGAGGACGGCGAAGAGUUAUCACGAAUCCACAAAGUUCGUGUAAUCCGAAACGAGAAAAGAGAGGGCCUAAUGAGAUCGCGUGUCCGCGGCGCGGAUGCCGCUACCGCGAGUGUGCUAACAUUUUUAGAUUCGCACUGCGAGUGCAAUGCUGAUUGGCUCGAACCACUCUUGGAAAGAGUGGCCGAGGACCCAACGAGGGUGGUGUGUCCCGUGAUCGACGUAAUCAGCAUGGAUACUUUCCAAUAUAUCGGAGCCUCUGCCGACCUCAGGGGUGGUUUCGAUUGGAGUUUGGUCUUUAAAUGGGAAUAUCUUAGUCAGGGGGAAAGACAGGCAAGACAAAAGGAUCCGACACAAUCCAUUAGGACCCCUAUGAUUGCUGGCGGACUAUUUGUCAUCAACAAAGCGUACUUUGAGAAACUCGGCAAAUACGAUACUCAAAUGGAUGUUUGGGGCGGCGAAAAUCUCGAAAUAUCGUUCCGCGUGUGGCAAUGCGGUGGCAGCUUGGAGAUUAUCCCGUGCUCACGUGUGGGCCAUGUAUUUCGUAAACGUCAUCCUUACUCGUUCCCCGGAGGCAGCGGAAACGUGUUCGCCCGAAACACGAGGCGCGCCGCCGAAGUAUGGAUGGACGACUACAAACAGUUCUAUUACAACGCCGUGCCGCUGGCACGAAACAUCCCUUAUGGAAACAUCCAAGAUAGAAUGGAGUUAAAACGGAGACUGCACUGCAAGCCUUUUAGUUGGUAUCUGAAGAACGUAUACCCCGAGUUAGUUAUACCUACGAGUGAGGGUGGUCCAGGAGGAUCUCUGAAGCAGGGCACCGCCUGCUUGGACAGCAUGGGCCACCUUCUCGACGGAAACGUCGGUCUCUAUCCUUGCCACGAUACCGGUGGUAAUCAGGAAUGGGGCCUCACGAAGGACGGUCUGAUCAAGCAUCACGAUCUCUGCCUGACCCUGCCGGUGUACGCCAAGGGUACGACGCUGCUGAUGCAGAUCUGCGACGGUAGCGAGAAUCAAAAGUGGCGGCACUUAGAGGGCGGCUUGAUACGCCACACCAGAAUUCCCGUGUGCGUGGAUUCGCGAUAUCACGCGCAGCGCGGCAUCACGGCGGAGAAAUGCGACUCGAACGCGGAAACGCAGAGGUGGCAUCUCUACAACCACAAUCACUAGCUGAUAUGGGUGCGGUGAACACGCUAUUCACCCGCGGACUCUCUCUUAUCGUUACGCGCUACGACGUGAUUACCGUUUAACGAGGUCGAUCGCAUCAGAGGCGUACUACUUAAUUAAAAGGAACUGACUGUCUACGCGUGACCGGAUCGAUCGAUUCGGGCGGUUUAUUCAAUGUAGACCGUAUCUUCAUGACCGUAAUCGUGGCGUCUUACGAUUUUUUAUACGGUAUCAAUGAAGAACCCCGUCUUGUACCACACUGACUUGCAUGUUCGCAGGUUCCCAAUGUAGCCUGUCCUACAAAGAAGCGGAUGGUUGUAUAUUUGGAUAGAAAAAAGAUCUAACAAUAAGAAAAAUUUCUUCUAACGAUUUCCUCUAAUGACGAAAAGUGGGGUACACGCACAUCUUACAAACUAAAACGAAAUAAUCUCGAAAAAGAAAGUGAAAAUGGUUUUAAGACUGCUUGGCAUAUGUGACUCUAAUCAACAAAUUUUAGUUUCUAUAUUCAUUGAAUUCCAUCGCUUCCAAUCAUUUCCUUAAGCACUAGAUUAUCCUACUUUUACAAUGACAAAAGAUUAACCUAAUAGGUUGACAUCUCGCAAUCGAUGUGUGAUAAGUGUAAAAUUAUUUAUAAUAAAGUAAUAUAUAUAUAUAAAUAUGGAAGCGUGCGUAUGAAUGAUGAUGCAAGUGGAAGUUGCGUACUGAUUCGGUACGGCAAACCGAUUGUCAAUCCACAAAUUGCGAAACUUCAUACGUAGUGCAUUUGAUUUAAACAAAUAAAAAACGUAUUGUUGAAAUAUUCUCAAUACUAAACAUUUAACACUUAAUAUUUGUAACUUCGAAAAAGUCCAUAGGCUAAUUUCUAAUUGAAUUCGCAUAAUAACAAAAAAAUAAUUGGGAGUACAUACGCGAUGAAAUAUGUAUUUUGUAAUUAGAUAGAUUUAUUUCUCUGAAAAAUGUAUUAUUUAAACAAGGAUUGAAAGAAACAUAUAGAGUGUUGUGUGCGAGCGAUUAACAUUUCAUUUCACUUUAUCAAAUGUCAUUUUAAAAUUUAUACACAAUAUAAGCAUAAGCGCUUAUACACAGUAUUCUCAGAACAUAAAAAAUUCAUAUAUAUAAAUUAAUUUAUAUAGAUAAAUUAUAUAUACAUAUAUUAAUUUAUGUACAUAAAUUAAUUCAAUUUAUAUAAAGAACUGACAUUGGAAAUUGAAGGGACAGAUUGAAAUCAAAUUUAUAAGAUUAACAUUAAUAAUAUUUCUAAUAAUACAUAGCUAAUAAAACUUAAUCAUUACUAAAAGAUUAACAUAGAAAUAAAACAAAGAUAAGUUAACUUUUUUUUUGUAUUAUCAGAGAAUUGACAAAACAAAAAAAUAGAUUAGAUAUCCAGGAAUUCUAAAUGAAAUUACGACAGUCAAUUAUUUUGACAGCACAACCCAAACUGAUAUACUUCCACAUUUAUAUAUGUUUCUUCCCUAAAGAUUUAAUAAAGAUAAUAUCGAGUCAUUUUUUAGUACGGGUACGUACUUGAAUGUCCAAACGAUGGGCAACUCAUUUUUUUUAUGUAUUUAUUUACGCGAUUUUUAAAAUAAAUAAGCCAAAGCUUUUACACUUGGCAUUAUUUGUUUUAGAUAAUCAAUAGUGUUAUAUCACAAAUACCAUUUUGAGAUUACGCUUUUAUGCAAAUAACCACAGAGAAGCUUUCCGCUAUUUGUUCAAAUUAAGAACAUGUACAAUCAAUUAAUAUAUAAUUAUAUUAAUUAUUAAUUUUAUUAAGUUGUUAUGAGUAUAUGUACGUUAUGUGAAUUCACAUAAUUUAAAUAUUUUAUUUUCAAUAAAGUACAUAUCAUUUCCAUAUCUUUUUAAAGAAUUUGACACUCUUAAAUUGUAUACUGCAUAAGUGUAAAAAGCUUCUCGGCGACGCGUCGGUCACUGUUUUGAUUGGACCUACGCUAGGUUCGUGCAAUGCGUAUUCUUUUUAUCUGCAUAAUUUUAGCAUAAUCGCAUCCAAAUCCGUGGAUAUCCUUCUCAAAUAACAAAUUGCGACCAACAAGAUGCUUUCCCUUCAAAAGCAUGCGCUAUAAUUCACAGAAAAGAGAUUUAUUUUUAUAACUAAUUAUAUAUUCUUGCUUGGUUGUGCGAAUAAACGAAAAACACGGAGUGUAUGAGCAUACUUAACAUAUUGUAGCUCGGUAAUAACAUUCCAAAUGUCUUAAAUUUUUACUUUUUGGAAGCAAGCAUUUAAUUGUCGAGUUUAACAAUUUCUUUUUCUCUUUUCCCACGUAUUGAGAUAUAAUGCUUAUUUUAAUGGCCAAUAUUAAGAAGUUCGAUUUCCAGUAAAAAUUAAAUUAUAUAUGAAAGUGAAAAUUCUCAAGAGUACUAAAGCGAAUCUAAAAUAAAGCGGCAGCGCCGUUGAAUGUGGAUUCAUUACUCGCCUACAACGUGUUAAGUGAAAAUCAAGAUAAAAGCUAACGCAACUAAUUAUAGCAAUACAUAUUAGCAGACGCGAUCUUUUGUACACUUAUACUUUCCGACGAUAAUGUCUUUACUGCCGUCUCUUCGCGCUGGGACUAUAAAUACCGCGAAGUGUGAGAUGAAUAAUAAUAUCGUAUAAACUUUUGUACACACGGGCAUCCACAUAUUACAUCCACGCUAGCUGCUGUUAAUAAUUACCCAUUAAGGAAUUCUUUUGAUAUCGAUAUUCUAGAACGAUAAUAUUUCAAUGUAGAUAUAAUACGCGACCGAUGGAAUCGGCCGUGCUCUAAUUAAAUGAAUGCGAUAUUAUGAAUAAUCUCGAAUUGCUUCUCGAAAAUCAAAACAUCAAGAAAAUCUCAGUUUUAUUAUUGUUACCAGAGGAAAGUGUUGUCUUUAAAGCGUCUUCCUUUAAUCAGUGCACCGGCUGGCACAACGAUAUAUACGUAGAUAGUAAAUAUGUAAACGGGGUAUCCCUACGCGUAUCAUUAUCGCGCUUCCUUUCGAGUGCAGAUUCUUUGAAGGAUUCCGACUGAGCCAACUUUCCUUUAGCACGAGAUUGAAAAGGAGGUAUAAUUACGGAGUUAGUUAACAUUGGAAUUAAAGGAUUUUACCGUACCGAGCUUUAGCGGUGUAGGAACUUUGUUUUCAGAUAAUUUUAAGACGGCCUGUGCCCAGCAAAGAAAUAAUUUCAAGCUUAAUUAACGGAAUACUUAACUUUUAAUAUCAAACGCUCUGGCGAUUAAAUCUGACAAUUAGAGAUCAAAGUUUUUUUAGCUUCAUUUUAACCGCUAAAAAGUUGUAAUUCGGAACUGUAGGUAAAGCAUUGUUUUUAAGAAAAAAAAAAAAAAAAUUCGAACUGAUUUAAAUAAAACAUUAAUAAAAAAAAUAUGCGGAAAACAACGAGAUAUCGAAUUUACGUAUGUAACUGUAUAAAAAUGCAGACACAUAGAACCGUAAUACUUAACUAUAUUUUACACAACUCGAGAGAAUCGCUGUUGUAAAUAAUUAUAUAUGUUUCAUUGAUUAUCUUCUUCCCGUCCUAACUAUUCCGAAUAGCUUCUUUUGCCAUUAGCAAAUAGUAAUAUAUCACUUCCAUGCAUAUUUCCCUUAAAAAAAAAAGAGAGAGAUUGCCACACAACUGUACUUCGUGUAUCUGUAAAUAAAUUAUAUAUUUACGGCAUUUAUAUAUAAUAUUUAUAAAUAUACUUAACGAACGCCGCGUACUUCCAAAAUCGGUAAAAGUGUAAAAUAUUAGGCGAUUAUCGAUCGUAAUCUUAAGUACAUACAUACAUACAUAUAUAUGCACGUAAACUCGCCAAAAAUCCAACAUUGAAAAAUGAGAACCAGGAACAGUACCUUUCCUAGUUUAACAGUUUUCUUAAUUAAACAGUUUAAAAACAUAAACAAGCACAAAAAACUGAAGAAAGAGAAGAAACCGCAUAUACUGUGUAUAUAUAUAUAUGUAUGUAUGUAUAUGUAGCGAGUAACCAGUUGGUUAAUCAAUGUUCAUAUUCAUGUGUCCAGUAAUAUGAAAAUUUAUACUCGAGAAGCGAAAUUGUGUGAUGCGAAUAGGAUAAAAGAUGUACAUUAAACGAGCAUUUACAUCCUUGUCAUAUAUAAAUACAAUGCGUUAAUGCGAUAUUUUGUCUGAUAAGAGCAACUUUGAAUAUUCAGAAUUAAUUCCAGCGUCAUUUCGACACAUCCGCGUGCUACUUUCAAAUACAAUAAUUUUGCCGCAAGAUUUGAAACGGCAUUUGCAUCGAAUCACGCGCAAGAUGCAUAUUGAAGAUGUUAUACUUGGAAUAAAAUAUCCUGAGAAUAAAAUAUCAAAAAUGAGCAGAAUCGAAAGUGGAGCUUAAAGAAAGAAAUGAUAUGAAUGGCAAUUUUCGAAGCAUCUCUUGAAAAUUUUGUUUCACAUGUUUAAAAUAUUAAAAUACCCGGAUAUUUUGUAAAAGAUUUAGUAAAGAAGAAAAUAUUUAAAAGUGUGUAUUCUGAGUAUAUUUGUCUUCAAAAUGUUAAACUGAAAUUUUCUCUGCUCUAUAUUUUGCAAAUGUAAAAUAAUUAUAUAUAUAUAUAUAUAUGUUAAGAAUGCGAUAAUACAGUAAUUAUAUAAAAAUGAGUUUUUCUAAUAAAAUAACGGAUGUUU